CCGCGAUUUCCUAAACCUGAAGCGCACGCGCGCGGGACACAACACGAACGCGCUUUCCGACGACUUUCAAAUGGUUGGAAACGUUCGCGUUUCCAAUGAAAUAAAAAUUCAAUUAAAUAAGCUUUUUAGUCGCGUUUAUAGUCAAAGAAAACAAAAACACUUUCUUCAAAUCACGAUUUCACGUUCACGUGCAAGCUGCAGCCGGAAAUGACGAGAACGCGCUUGCCGCGAUGACGUCACGAGGCGCUGUCGUCACUUCGGCAAAGUUCUUGUCGUGUUCGUGGAAAGUCCCCGCGGAGCCGCUUAAAAGCGCUUCUGAGCUCCAAUGGAAGCGAAACGAGCAAACGUCGUCCUCCUCUUCAUCAUCUUCAUCUUCGUCCUCGUCGAGAGCCCGCGAGAUCCCAAACCGCCGUGACCGACAUGCACGCGCACGCAGUUUUCCCGCUCCUGUGCUGCUUCCUGUUCCCGCGGGAGAUCCGUACGGCGCCCGCCGCCGCCCAUUCGCCGGCCCUCAGAGACGCCCUCGAACGAGCCCGCGUGCUGGCCGACAAAAUCUCCAAGGACGUUCCCGCUGCGUACGCCGAGGGCUCGACCCUCGACCUCCCGCAGCAGACCGGCGACCUGCAGAUGAUGGCCGCCGCCCUCCACAUCCCCCCCGCGCCCGUCCUCAAACCGCUGUCGCAACACUUCGACAUGGACACGUGCGUGAGUCGCAUGGCGGAAGGCGUGCGGAUGUUCCAGGGCCUCCUGGGAGUUUUGUCGACCCGCCUCGGCGGGCUGGACGGCCUUCGGGCCGACCUGCGAGACCUGCUCGCGCAGAUCGCCAAGGUGCAGGAAGCGGCCCGGCCGGGCGGCGCCGAGACGGACCGGGACCGGGACCGGGACCGGUGGGCGGGGAUGGCGGCCGGUCUCCACGGCGACUACGAGGCGCAGGCGGCCGCUCAACUGACGCUCACGCAGCUCAGAUCCUUCGCGCACGACGUCAUCCGAAGCCUCCGCGCGAUCGCCGCCCACAGGACGCUCGCGCGCUAGUGGGCGCUACUCUUACUUUGGCGGGCGUCCGCCUCCCGCAGACGUGACGGUCCUGCGAAGCGUGCCGGAACAUUCCGUGCCGGAAUCGCGGGACGUCCCGAUCGCCUCCUGCGCUGCCCUCUGCCGGACAAACACACAACAGGCCUAAAGGCGGACGUGCGGAGGAAGUUGAAGUCCGUGGCGGCGGCGGGCGGGGCCGGCACUCAGCCACGUUGAGGACUACGAGCUCGCCGAACAAUUCUCACGCUGAUCCGCACGCGUACGUUACUUGAAGACACUUUUCACGGAUUUAUCGCUUCACUUUUCAUAUUUAUUACUUAAGAAUGUAUAUUUAUUCAUCUUAUUUAUGAUAUUUGACUGUGAAAAGUAGCGAUUGGGGAGUUGGGAAUGAGCGAAGGAUUUCAAACAGCCUUUGCUUCUCUUAAUGAGGGCCACUUCCUGUUCUUUCACAAUAAAAGUCUUUUAUUGGAAAGCGUGACAAUAAAUGUUCUUACACAGAUCCAUAGUUAACAGCAU